AUGUCGUCGUCUGCUGAGAACACUGCGCCUGCUGGCCCGACUGGGGCCAAGGAUGCUGUCUUCGUCAAAUCAGUUUUGCCCGAUGAGGCCCAGAAAGUUGAGGAGCUCGAUUUCAAUGCAUUCAAAGGAAGACAAAUAACGGUUGACGACCUUCUGGAAGGCAUGAAACACAUGGGCUUCCAAGCCUCGUCGAUCGGCGAAGCUGUACGGAUCAUCAAUGAUAUGCGCAAAUGGCGAGAUCCAGAGACAGGAGACAAGACAACCAUUUUUUUCGGCUACACGUCAAACAUGAUCUCGUCCGGCCUGCGGGGAACAUUCCGAUAUCUUUUGCAGCACAAGCACGUCGAUUGUGUUGUGACGACGGCUGGCGGUAUCGAGGAAGACUUCAUCAAAUGCUUGGGCGAUACUUACAUGUCCUCAUUUAGUGCUUCAGGGGCAGAGUUGAGAAAGAAUGGUCUGAACCGCAUUGGCAACCUUAUGGUUCCGAACGGGAACUACUGCAAGUUCGAGGACUGGGUCGUGCCAAUCUUGGACAAGAUGCUCGAAGAGCAAGAGGCGAGCAAGGGCACGGCCGAAGAAAUAAACUGGACGCCAUCGAAGGUUAUUCACCGCCUGGGCAAGGAAAUCAACGAUGACCGGUCAGUCUACUACUGGGCCUACAGGAACAAUAUUCCCGUGUUCUGCCCAGCCUUGACAGAUGGCAGCCUUGGCGAUAUGCUUUACUUUCAUACGUACAAGGCAGCGCCACUACACCUAAAAAUUGAUCUAGUGGAGGAUAUUCGGCGGAUCAACAACAUAUCUGUAUUUGCGAAGAGAACAGGCAUGAUUAUUCUCGGCGGUGGUGUCGUCAAGCAUCAUAUCGCGAAUGCCAACUUGAUGCGCAAUGGCGCAGAAUCAGCGGUCUAUAUCAACACAGCACAAGAGUUUGAUGGCAGUGAUGCAGGUGCCAGACCAGACGAAGCAGUCUCGUGGGGAAAGAUUAAAGUUGGUGCGGACCACGUCAAGGUCUACUGCGAAGCUUCUGCGUGCUUCCCGCUUAUCGUAGCUAGCACUUUUGCGAAGGAGGAUGCAACAGAAUGA